GCUACCCUGUUGCUCAGGCUGUCUCUGUCUGUCUGCCAGGGUCUCCAGCUGCCCCAGACAGGCAGUGUGGUCUUGAGAUCCUCCUGGUGACCUUUUCAGCCUAGGUCCCCUCAGCCACUCUGCCCCAAGAUGGGUCGUGGGGCAGGGCGUGAGUACUCGCCUGCCGCCACCACUGCGGAGAAUGGGGGUGGCAAGAAGAAACAGAAAGAGAAGGAGCUGGAUGAGCUGAAGAAGGAGGUUGCCAUGGAUGACCACAAGCUGUCCUUGGAUGAGCUGGGCCGAAAAUACCAAGUGGAUCUGUCCAAGGGCCUCACCAAUCAGCGAGCUCAGGACAUUCUGGCUCGGGAUGGACCCAACGCCCUCACACCACCCCCCACAACUCCUGAGUGGGUCAAGUUCUGCCGUCAGCUUUUCGGGGGCUUCUCUAUCCUUCUGUGGAUCGGGGCCCUCCUCUGCUUCCUAGCCUAUGGUAUCCUGGCCGCCAUGGAGGAUGAGCCAUCUAAUGAUAACCUAUACCUAGGUAUCGUGCUAGCUGCUGUAGUCAUCGUCACUGGCUGCUUCUCCUACUACCAAGAAGCCAAGAGCUCCAAGAUCAUGGACUCCUUCAAGAACAUGGUGCCUCAGCAAGCCCUGGUCAUCCGAGAGGGGGAGAAGAUGCAGAUCAAUGCGGAGGAGGUGGUGGUAGGAGACCUGGUAGAAGUGAAGGGUGGGGACCGUGUCCCUGCUGACCUCCGGAUCAUCUCUUCCCACGGCUGCAAGGUGGAUAACUCAUCCCUAACAGGAGAGUCGGAGCCCCAGACCCGUUCCCCUGAGUUCACCCAUGAGAACCCACUGGAGACCCGCAAUAUCUGUUUCUUCUCUACCAACUGUGUGGAAGGCACUGCCAGGGGCAUUGUGAUUGCCACAGGUGACCGGACAGUGAUGGGCCGCAUAGCCACUCUGGCGUCUGGCCUGGAGGUCGGGCAGACACCCAUCGCCAUGGAGAUUGAGCACUUCAUCCAGCUGAUCACAGGCGUGGCGGUGUUCCUGGGGGUCUCUUUCUUUGUGCUGUCCCUCAUCCUGGGCUACAGCUGGCUGGAGGCAGUCAUCUUCCUCAUCGGCAUCAUCGUAGCCAACGUGCCCGAGGGGCUUUUGGCCACUGUUACUGUGUGCCUGACCCUGACCGCCAAGCGCAUGGCCCGCAAGAACUGUCUGGUGAAGAACCUGGAGGCGGUGGAGACGCUGGGCUCCACUUCCACCAUCUGCUCGGACAAGACGGGCACCCUCACCCAGAACCGCAUGACCGUGGCCCACAUGUGGUUUGACAACCAGAUCCAUGAGGCCGACACCACUGAGGAUCAGUCUGGGGCCACAUUUGACAAACGGUCCCCCACGUGGACAGCCCUGUCUCGGAUUGCCGGUCUCUGCAACCGUGCUGUCUUCAAGGCUGGGCAGGAGAACAUCGCUGUGUCUAAGCGGGACACAGCUGGUGAUGCCUCUGAGUCAGCUCUGCUCAAAUGCAUUGAGCUGUCCUGUGGCUCAGUGAGGAAGAUGAGGGACAGGAACCCUAAGGUGGCAGAAAUCCCCUUCAACUCGACCAACAAAUAUCAGCUGUCCAUCCAUGAGCGAGAAGACAGCCCCCAGAGUCACGUGCUGGUGAUGAAAGGGGCCCCGGAGCGCAUCCUGGAUCGAUGCUCCACCAUCCUGGUCCAGGGCAAGGAGAUUCCUCUGGACAAGGAGAUGCAGGAUGCCUUUCAAAAUGCCUACAUGGAGCUAGGAGGACUCGGGGAGCGUGUGCUAGGCUUCUGUCAGCUGAACCUGCCUUCUGGGAAGUUCCCUCGGGGCUUCAAGUUCGAUACAGAUGAGCUGAACUUCCCCACAGAGAAGCUCUGUUUCGUGGGGCUUAUGUCCAUGAUUGACCCGCCCAGGGCAGCUGUGCCAGAUGCUGUGGGCAAGUGCCGAAGCGCAGGCAUCAAGGUGAUCAUGGUCACUGGGGACCACCCUAUCACAGCCAAGGCCAUCGCCAAAGGUGUGGGCAUUAUAUCAGAGGGUAACGAGACUGUGGAGGACAUUGCAGCCCGGCUCAACAUUCCUGUGAGCCAAGUCAAUCCCAGAGAAGCCAAAGCAUGUGUAGUGCACGGGUCAGACCUGAAGGACAUGACGUCAGAGCAGCUGGACGAGAUCCUCAGGGACCACACGGAGAUCGUAUUUGCCCGGACCUCCCCUCAGCAGAAGCUCAUCAUUGUGGAGGGAUGUCAGAGGCAGGGAGCCAUUGUGGCAGUGACUGGUGAUGGGGUGAACGACUCCCCUGCGCUGAAGAAGGCUGACAUCGGCAUUGCCAUGGGCAUCUCUGGCUCUGAUGUCUCUAAGCAGGCCGCUGACAUGAUUCUCCUCGAUGACAACUUUGCCUCCAUCGUGACAGGCGUGGAGGAGGGCCGCCUGAUCUUCGACAACUUGAAGAAGUCCAUCGCAUACACCCUGACCAGCAACAUCCCUGAGAUCACCCCCUUCCUGCUGUUCAUCAUUGCCAACAUCCCACUGCCCCUGGGCACCGUGACCAUCCUCUGCAUCGACCUGGGCACAGACAUGGUUCCCGCCAUCUCAUUAGCAUACGAAGCAGCUGAGAGUGACAUCAUGAAGCGGCAGCCACGAAACUCCCAGACGGACAAGCUGGUGAACGAGAGGCUCAUCAGCAUGGCUUAUGGACAGAUUGGCAUGAUCCAGGCUCUGGGUGGCUUCUUCACCUACUUUGUGAUACUGGCAGAGAACGGUUUCCUGCCAUCACGGCUGCUGGGAAUCCGCCUUGACUGGGAUGAUCGGACUACCAACGACCUGGAGGACAGCUAUGGGCAAGAGUGGACCUAUGAGCAGCGGAAGGUGGUGGAGUUCACAUGCCACACGGCCUUCUUUGCCAGCAUCGUGGUUGUGCAGUGGGCUGACCUCAUCAUCUGCAAGACCCGUCGCAACUCAGUCUUCCAGCAGGGCAUGAAGAAUAAGAUCCUGAUUUUUGGGCUCCUAGAAGAGACGGCUUUGGCUGCCUUCCUGUCUUACUGUCCGGGCAUGGGGGUGGCCCUCCGAAUGUACCCACUCAAGGUCACCUGGUGGUUCUGUGCCUUUCCCUACAGUCUCCUCAUCUUCAUCUACGAUGAGGUCCGCAAGCUCAUCCUACGGCGGUACCCUGGGGGCUGGGUGGAGAAGGAGACGUACUACUGAGAUCACUGGAGAAAGGAAGAAUGGGAAAGAUGGGGUGCUCUGGAGGUGUUGCUGCGGUGGUGGAGGGAAGGGAUGGAAAAACUGGGGUGGUAUUUUAGGGGAAGACUUGGGGGAGACAGAAUAAGGCAACAGGGUGAGCUAAGCUGGGUAAAUAAACUUGAGGUGACUGCUCCAUGGGUCCAACUGUGAACCCUCAGACAGUGUGUUCUGGGGUCCCCUCCCAAGAUCCCUCUCGUCCCACUCUACCACAUCCCCUACUUUCCCCAAAGCACUAAGGGUUGCCCCAGUCCUCCUUGUGUCUUAGCCCUCACCUGUAUUCUUCAAACAGAUCACCACCCAAAGGUCAGUCCUGUCUACUCCAGAAGAAAGUCCUCUCAGACCAAGUGUCUACGUCUCUGGCUUCAUUCCUCUUCCCGUUCUUGUCUUCUUUAGCUUCCUUCCUGAGCCUGCCCCUGUUCCUCCCUUUCCAAACCUUAAAAACACAAAAUUUUCCUUCUGGAAGUGCGAGAGUCUGAGGCCAGAUAGGGGAAGCUGGAAGGGAAGGUUAAGAGUGUCUCCCAGGCAAGGCCAGUCAGGAACCUAGGGAGGAGAGCUGGGCUGGCAAGGAGAGAUUGGGAUGUGCUGGCUGAGGGAGACAGCAAAGGAAUAAAGACAGGGCAGUGACCGCAAAUUUGUCACCUUGAGCCUCCAGGUAGGUGGUAUGGGUUCUGGCUCUGUGUCCUUUAUAGACACAAGUAGAUCAAACUCCCAUCUCAUUAGACUAGCAACGAGAGGCAAGACCAGGAGUCAGUGUGGCCACCAAGUGCCCCAAUGACUCCUGGAUAGUGGUCCCCUUUGUCCACAAGGCCAGGAAGGUCCAGCUCUUGGGAUUACAUGCUUUUGGGACCAGCCCCUCUUUAUAAUAAUUUCUCAAACAACAUGCUGUUCUGAGACCCCAGUUAGCUGCCAGUUUCCACCUCCCUGCUCUCCCACUACCUUCCCCUUCGUGCCCACGCUGCUGAACCCACAUCAUUUCCAGUGUUGCCUAGCUGGCCAUUGGCAGGAAUAAUCAGCUUAGAUCAUGACGCUGUCAGCAAUUUUAGACACGAGAGAAAAAUCUGCCUUUGACCUCUUAGAGGGCAAGGCCACCGCUCCCAGGCAAACGCCCACUUUCCUUGAGGCAGGAAGCUAGCUAGCCUCAGGUUCCUAUGGAGUAGAGUUGUCUUUCCUUACUCCCUCUCAGCUAACAUUUUUGCUCUGUGGACAGCUGCCCUUUCUCUAAGCCUGGCCUAGAAAGCACUGCAUAGCUGGACCUAGAUGAAUGAGCCAAGCAAGUGAGAGACAGCAAGAAAACCGGAAGGCCUAAGGUGGAAACAUGAAGAACAAGACACGCAUUAGGCCAGGCCCAAAGGUCUCCCCAGAGCCACUGUCUCAUCACAGUGGAGUUUUGCUUUAUCAUACAUACAUUGAAAUUCAUAAGCCUUAGGUUGGAAGUCUAAAUAAGACACUAUAUUUAUUUCGGCCCGAUUAAUUUGAGAUCUUGACUUUGAACAAACGUUUACCUUUGCACAAUCAAUAAAGAAGUCAUUUGGUCAGUAAUUUAAGUGCAUAAACAGUAUUGCUAGGAGUGGCAUAUAUAGUCUGUCCCAAAGUAUGCUUUUCAGGCACUUUAGAAACCUCCCUUUAGAAUCAGCAAGUGCAUAGGCUAAUUAUCUUCGGUCCCGAUAUAUCUGUUAAAGGAACAUCUACAAGAGCCUUACUGGUGACCUUCUGUAAGACUUUAGCUUGAGGCACUACAUAUGUACUUGAAAAUAAUAAAGCUGCAUUUCUUUAUGAGUAAAGGAAA